AUGGAUGUUUCAUUUUUCAACAAUUUUAGGUUCCGAGAAAAUCCACUAUUGAGAGUAAAUGAAAACUGCGUUGACCUCGAUCUUGGAGAGAUUUGCUCGUCAAACUGCGCUGAAAAAACUGUAGCAUGCUUGAGCUACUGUAACUCCGACGAUGUCUCUUGUCAAAACAGCUGCGUUCGACAGGGGUUUGAUUGUAUCGAUGGCUGUCCUUGCCACACCGACUGUUUCGAAGGGUGCGAAGGUUGUGCCGCGGAAAUUUGUAGCGUUUGCGCUGAGCCAGGAGAAAAUCCUGAUUAUAACCGCUGCUUGAACGAGGUCGAGUUGGAUCUGUAUCAGUGCCUCGACAGAUGCGGCGGGGAUUCUGCAUGUGUUAAUCAGUGCACUUUGCAGUUUUUGGAAGACUUUGAGAAUUGCCCCUGCGAGUCGGGCUGCCCAAAUGGCUGCCCUUGCCCAAACUACGACUGUGGAGAUGUCAACCCGACAUUGCCGCCACAAGAACUCGGCUCGGUCUUGAUCCUAGACAGAAACUACAAUCAUCUUCCAGCUCUCGCGAAUUUUAACAGCUUCAAUGAAGACAUCAAGGUUUCCUUCUACAACAACGGCCCUGACAACUUGGAAUACAACUUUAACGACGGCUGCUCUUUUGUUUAUCGUGGCAAAAACUAUCUCUUUGGCGGCUGGUACGAAAAUGAAGAUGGAUCUAAGGCGCCUGGGCCUCAUAUUCUGAAUGAAUGCGACAUAGAAAAAGUUGAAGGCGAAACAUUUUUCUUCGACUGCUACAGUGGUGCUGUUGGUUUUCUGCCGACAGAUGAUGAUCCAGAAGCUUACGUAAUGCUCUACGAUGGCAAGCAUAAAGUCCAAACCUACGACGGAUCGAAAGUUUGGGACAACUCGUUGCCAGAGCCGAAAGUCUCGCACACAGGGACCGGUGGACAUAUUCCGGUUUAUGAAGGCUACCCGAUUCUUAUUUCAGGAUACAAUGAAGAUACAGGAAUCGGCACAAAUGCUGUUGAGCGAUAUAACAAAUAUUACGGCUGGUCAAUUCGGGAAGGAAUCGAGUUCCCCGAGCAAUACAUUCAAGAAUACACUUCAGUUUGGGGAGAUUUUGGCGUAAUCGUUUUUCCUGGCUUUCCUGGGGAAUCGAGCAAAAUCUGGCGACUGUACGAAGACCAGUGGACGAAUAUCAGCACUGUUCCUUGGGAUGGACCGAGAAGAUUUGCAAGAGCCGUGCUUUUUCCUAAUAAUGAGGUCAUGAUACUCGGUGGUUCAGGAUCCCAAAACUUUCAUAAGUUUGUUUUUAAUGACGACUUCACCUCAAUCGUUGGAGAAACUCUUGAAAAUCUACCAGCAAUUGCAAACUACGAUGACCCUCAUGCUAUUCUUGUUCCAAAUGGCCACUGUCGAUAUGCUUUCCGAUAUGGACUUGGAUCGGACCCGAUUUCCUUUGAAAACCCGAUCGGAAUGAGCACCAAAGAAAAGCUCUUGCCUCAGUAUUUGAAGGAAAUUGGAUACAAUACUCAUGCUGUUGGAAAAUGGCAUCUUGGAUAUUGCAAUGAUUCGUUCGUCCCGCAUAAUCGAGGAUUUGACACUUUUCUUGGUCAUUAUGGCGGUGGAGUCGAUUAUCAUACUCACGCUACUCAAGGUGCUUUGGGAAGCUACCUCAAUCACUUCCUCAACGGAGAGCCGCAUAUUCCUGAAGGUGGUUUCGACUUUGCAUCGUACGCUUGGAGCAACAGAACGAAUAAGGUCUUGAGGGAGAACACUGACAAGCCGAAUUUUGUCUAUUUGGCCUUCAAUGCUCCGCAUGAAAAAGUCGCUGCUCCUGCUGAUCUCAAGGAGGAGAUGAAUGCUUUGUAUCCCGACAUUCCUGCAACUCGCCGGCUUCAACUCGCUUCAGUAAAAUCAAUCGACGUCGCGAUGCAAAGUGUCAUCGAAGAAGCCUCAAAACUCGAUCGCGAAACCAUCGUUAUCUUCCACACUGACAACGGCGGCGCUAUCCAAGCUUACGCAGGCAAUAUUGAUGGCCCUCGAGGAUGCAGUUUCCCUUACAAGGGAUACAAAAGUGUCUUGGCUGAGGGAGGUACUUUGAGUCCAACUUGGGUUUACUCAACGAAAAGGCAAUUUCAUUCGCGAUACAUUGAUGGAAUGGUUCACAUCAUGGACUUUUUCCCGACUAUUCUUCACUGGGCAGGUUACGAUAAGCCAAUGCCAAGAAAUCUCGAUGGAAUCGACCAGUAUGAUCUUUUCGAAGAUGCUUCUAUCACCCAAAUUCGAGAUCGAUUCAUUUACGGACUUCUCCACGACUGGGAUGAUGAAAAUCUCGAGUGGAAGACAACCUAUGCCGUGCGUUAUGGGGACUACAAGUUUUUGAACUAUCAAUCUGAAUUGAUCGGAAACACUCAGUGCCCAGAAGGGUGGUUUAAUAAUCGUCAUGCAAAGUAUCUUUUCCCAUUCAAGAAAACAAGAGACGCAAGAAUGAACAAAGUCUGGGCAAUGUCCGAUGCUGAGCCAAACAAAGAAGCUGGUGAAACCAACCGCAACCCUGGAUUCUCUUUGUAUAACCUGAAAAAAGAUCCAUUCGAGACACGAAAUAUGGGUGUAGGAAGAGUCGGCAAGAAAUACACAAAAAUCUACAUGGAUCUCGUCAACGAUAUCCAAUCCUAUGUUGCGGAAGAGAUUCAGAAGGGAAUCCAAUAUCCAGUCACUGGAAAGUUCAAAGGAAAACUUGUCUCUAGAAUCAUGAAGAAGAUUCCUUUCGAUGAGAAGUUGCAGCAUUAUUACGAUACUGGGCGGGUUCUAUCUUUUGACAGCGAGACUCAAAACUCAUCUGGCUUUGAUGGGUACCUUGGAAGCAACUGGUGUCCAAACGAUCUUGAUGAGGCUUUAUUUAUUCAAAUGUACCACGAGGCUGUGGCGAACAAUCAAGAGAGCCUCGCUUACAUGAUCAAUCUGUAUCUGUGGGACGGCUACGGUCCAGAAGGAACAACUCGAUCUUCUCCGCCGCAGACAUUGUUCUUCAGCUCUAGAACUGGUCAAUCGGGCAGCAGUUGGUUCUGGGACGACGAAGAUAAUUUUGAAAGUGACUGGUGGUUUACUGAUGAAGAUGAAUAA